CCAGAGUGACAAUGGCUACCUACAGCCUGGCGAACGAGCGUCUACGCGCCCUGGAAGACAUCGAACGGGAAAUCGGCGCCAUUCUUCAAAAUGCAGGUACCGUGAUCCUGGAACUGUCCAAGGAAAAAACCAAUGAGCGGCUCCUAGACCGGCAGGCGGCAGCGUUCACGGCGUCGGUGCAACACGUGGAGGCGGAGCUGUCGGCUCAGAUCCGCUACCUCACCCAGGUGGCCACAGGGCAGCCCCAUGAGGGCUCUAGCUACUCUUCAAGGAAGGACUGUCAGAUGGCCCUGAAGCGAGUGGACUAUGCUCGCCUCAAGCUCAGUGAUGUAGCCCGGACCUGUGAGCAGAUGCUGGAAAACUAAGCCAAGGAGUCUGUGGAGCAAGAGCUUGGAGGGAGACCACCACCUGCAUCCCAGGACAGAACCUGGAGACCUGUAGGAUGGGGAGCAUGGGCUGCCACAUACAUGCUCUGCUGGUCAGAGUACAGGAGGACAAAGGGGCAAAAUGGGGGAAUGGAGAAACUUAAAAGAUCAAGCCUGCCCACACUAUGCCCUGGCUCCUCCGGCAGGGUGCUCCUGCUCUUCUGCACUUCACAAAAGCGCUGACAAGCUGCGACGGGAGAUGGAGAUUCAGACACCUACCCCACUUCCUCACACACUUCAUGUCCCUACCGCAGGCUUCCUGCAGACUUGACCCAGUGAAGACACAUUCUUCUUCAUCAGAAAAGACAAAACAAGAACUAAGGAUUUUAAUAAUAAAAACAUAACAAUAAAAACAAGGAGCUCAGAGUCUCACUGGGGCAUAUAUGGGUGAUGCAAGGGAUUGAGGAAGUAAAACCAGCCUAUAUGGCGUCUGCUGAGGAGGGAGGGUGGGAAAGCCUCGGGCUUCACUGUGGGGUUGGGAGAGGAAGGAGGAGAGGCCUGAAUGUGAGGAGGAACAGCUAGUGUAGUAUGAAGCGAGAGUUGGGACAAGGGGGGACCAUCAGCAGAGAGGCUGAAGCCAGGAAUCAUGGUAAGGGGGCAAGGGCAUCAGGCCAAUGUAUGCAGAAAGAAGAGUCAAUAAUUACAAAAAUAAUUUUUAGUAGUUAAAAAACAUAAAAUUUGUGCAAGAUAUUACCCAGUGUAAAAGAUGAUUUUACAUUAUAGCACAGAAAAAAAAACAGGUAAGGUCUAAGAGAGGGCAAUAGCUGGUUAAUCAUGUAUUAAACAUUAACACA